UCCUCCAAAUUUGUCAAACUGCUGCCACCAGCAGAGCACUCAUCGGCCCCGGUGAGCACCGUCAGCGUCCAUUCAUCUAUGGCGAACCUGAAAACCGAUUCCCCUCUCUCCCGCCGCAUCGCUCGUUCCUUCCUCCGGUUCCUCAACUCCGUUGAACCUUCCGCUGGAGUUGAUACUGAGGCGCUUGAUGUUGCGAGGGAUUGUUUGGUGGAGGUUUUUAAGAUCGAUCAGUCUUCACUUGAUAGUCAGUCGAAUUGCGAUUCCUUAGUUGAUAUUUUCAGCGCCUCGUCGGAGUCUCGUGCAAGCCCUGUUGUCGAUAAUGGGGGAGUUUCUGAUGCCCCGACUUCAUCUUCUGGAAAAAAUGCCGAAGUUUUGGAGGAUCAGGACAGGAAAAGAGAGCCACAUUCACAUGGGAAAGAUGAGCUUUUUGGGUAUUUUUUCGGUGCUCUUGAAAAGAUCCACUAUUUCAGAAGAAUGCCUGAUGGGAACGAUGAUCAGAUCCAGCUUGAUAGAGCAACACGCCUAUUCAAUGAUGCUGUAAAGGAAAUGCAAGUAGCAGGAUGUCAAACCUUUGAUCAGAAAAGCCUCGCAGAGGUCUUCAAAUCACAAGGUAACAAGGCCAUGCAAUCUAAGCUUUACAAAGAAGCAAUUGAGCUGUAUAAUUUUGCUAUUGCUCUAUGUGAAGGCAAUGCUGUUUACUAUUGCAACAGGGCGGCUGCAUACACUCAGAUGCACCGGUACGCUGAAGCAGUUCAAGAUUGUCUCAAAUCCAUCGAGAUAAACCCAAAUUACAGCAAGGCUUAUAGUCGCUUGGGAUUUGCUUACUAUGCUCAAGGAAAGUACAGAGAUGCAAUUGAUAAAGGAUUUACGAAAGCCUUGCAGCUGGAUCCUAACAAUGAUUCAGUUAAAGAAAAUAUCCGGGUCGCCGAACAGAAACUGAAAGAAGAGCAACAAAGGGCAGGAUCUGGUCAGAGUUCAACUUCCACCAGUCGUGGAGGCGAACCAAGAAGUAAUUCUGCAGCAGCACCACCACCUCCGUUUGCAUCUAUGCCAUUCAACAUCAGCGGUAUUACUAACAUGGUGAUUAAUAUGACUGGGGGACAAAACGGGACCCACGAAGAGAGUGAAAUUAACGAGCCAGGUAUCAGUUUUGGUGGGAAUAUGCCAGGGAAUAUACCAGAGGAGUUAUCUGGCGCAUUUCGGUCUAUGAUGGGGAUGUUCUCAGGUGCAGCAUCUCAACCGGAUGACAGAAACGGAAGAUCAUCUCCUAGUUAAGAAUGACCAAAUACUAAAAUCCUCGAGUGCUUCUUCACCUUCAAGAUCUAGGCUUCUUACAUUUUUUUUAAUAAUCAAUAGAUUUUUUUUUUUUUUUGGUUUUCAUGUCAUCUUCUAAUGCUUGCUUACUACUUUUGUUUUCGCUCUCUUUCCCUUCAUUUGUAAUUUUAUUUCGAUUUUACUUUAGGCUAUAAUCAUUAUUUAUCCGGGAUCAAAUGUUAACUAUUGUACAGAAGUUGUUACAUUGGCAUUUCCGAAUUUGUUAUGGUUUGUAUAGAGUGAUAAAUUUCUGACGCGGGC